AUGGGAUUGUGUGGACUUGCCGCAGCACUUGCAGUGUUGUUCAUCAACGCGUUCCGCUUCAAGGUCGAUUCUCGAGAACCUCCUGUCAUCUACCCGCGGAUACCUCUCAUUGGACAUAUCAUUGGGAUUCUGACCAAAGGCGCUUUGUAUAACAAGACUCUCUCCCAAAACCUCAAGCUUCCCAUCUUCACGUUGCCCGUGCUCACAGGCCGCACGUACAUCGUCGCUGAUCCGGCGUUAUGCGCAUCCAUACAGAAAGCAUCAAGCACUAUGAGCUUCGAUCCACUCAUCGCAGAAGUCACCCCACGGUUGAUCGGUUCAAACGCCCAUACCGCAAGCAUCAUCAGAGGCCCUCCUGGAAGGAAGCUGGACAGGGCCAGCUUUGUCACGAAAUCUCACCCCGUGAUCAACACGCCAUUGAUGGCAAACAACAUCCACGAUGUAUCCAAAAAGCAACUGGACUACUUCAGCGGACUCGUCUCCAAAGUCAAUGACGGCUCCGAAUUCGAGCUGUUCCACUUCAUCCGCACGGCUGUGACUGCCGCCUCGCAGAGCAGCUUCUACGGGCCGAACAAUCCGUUCGCGAAGAAUCCACAUCUUGUGGAAGACUUUUGGGAUUGGGAAGCCGGCAAUGUAGCUUACAUGACAGGAGUGUUUUCCAGUCUGUUUGCGCGCGAAGCCGUCCGUGGUAUGAAAGCUUGCGUCAAGGGUUUCAAGGAGUGGAUUGAGACGGAGGGAUACAAGGAUGCCUACGUGCUUCUUCGGAACCGCAAUCAACUCCACACCGACGAGGGCAUUGUCAAUACCGAAGAGAAGGCCAAGCUCGAGGUGGCAUUCUCACUCGGUAUCAACGUCAACGCGUCUGGCGUCACGUUCUGGAUGGUGAACCAGAUCUUCAGCCGGCCUGAACUGUUGUCCAAGAUCCGCGAGGAGAUUCGUGCCAACGCCAUCGUAGACCAUGGAGUGCUAUCUGUAGAGCGCCUUCGCCUGUCUUGUCCGCGAUUGAACUCCGUUGCCCGCGAAACUAUGCGUCUCUACGCGCCCGCCAUCAGUGCAAGACUUGUGACUGAAGACACGCUAGUCGCCGACACUUGGUUGCUGCGCAAAGGUGCAGUCGUACAGCUGAACGGGAGUGUGAUCCACAAUGAUCCGGACAUCUGGGGACUGGACUGCGAAUCCUUCAAUCCUGACCGCUUUCUGUACAGCCUGAGCGGCUCCAAGACGAACCCCGACGGGACUGUACCAGAAGGUAGAGCUCACUUCAUACACCCUGCGGCCUUCAGGAGCUUUGGUGGCGGCACCAGCUGGUGUCCAGGACGGCACUUUGCGCAAAUGGAGGUCUUGGGCCUCGCCGCAGUUCUGGUCAUGGGCUUCGACCUGGAGCCUGUCAACGGCGCGCAAUGGAACCCGCCCGCAGAUGUGAAAAGGAUUCCGAUUUCGGUGAUGAAACCGAUGGCGCCCCUUGAUGUGAGGGUCAAUGUCAGGAGGGAAUAUCAAGGCGUCACUUGGGAGAUGAAGCCGUAA